CUAUUUUCCCUCCAUAAUUCUCUCCUCAUCAUCCUCUACUUCCAAAAUUUCUCUCUUUAGUUUUCAUCAUCUCUUCCAUUUCCUAUGCUUCUCUCCUCUAACAAAACUAAUGUCUCAAGACAGCUUACCUUCAGAAAACGCUGCCGACACCACCAAUACAACCACCGCCACCUCCUCUACCUCCACCUACAACUCUUUACAUAGACAUUCUCGCUCUUCUAUACCAGUUGAUUUCUCUGCCAAAAUCCAAUCUGCCAUCCAAUCCCUAACCUCCAUUACUAAAAUUCCCUCCACCAUCCUCUCUGCCCAAGAUCCCGCCUCCUCUCUCCUUCAUGACUCCAACGUCUCAACCGCAAUCUCCGCCCUCCUCCGCGAACCUGACUCCGGCGCAGGAGACAACAACCUCUGCAGAUGGUUCUACGACACAUUCCAAUCCACCUCUCCUCAACUCCAACUCGUCGUUCUCCGAUUUGUCCCAAUCAUCGCUGGUCUUUACCUCUCGCGUGUCCCACUGAGAAAACCUUUAGCCGGAUUCGAAGCAGUUUUGCUCGCUCUCUACGCGCACGAAACGACAUCGCGCAAUGGCCAAGCUAUAGCAGUAAACAUACCUGAUCUAUCAAAUUCUAGUGUAUAUCAUGAAACCAAAGAGACAUCAAAGAACAACGCGACUGAUUUAAACUUAGCAGUGAUAUCUCCAAGCUUAGAGCCUCAUGGAACCGUUAGAUCAACAAGAAGAGCAAGAAUUGUUGGGGUUGCAUUAGAAUUAUAUUUCAGCAAACUAUCAUUAAUGCCAAUUGGGUCAAAAAUAGAUUUCUGUGAAUUUUGUGAGCUAUGGGCAGGUCAAGAUGGUGAAAUGUACAAGGAAGGUUAUAUAUGCAAGGAAAAGAAAGAAGAAGAAGAAGAAGGAGGAGGAGAUAGUGAAAGUGGAAAGAAACUAAAGGAGGAUGGUGAUAAUACUGAGAAGGAAAAGGUGAGAAAAAAGGAAGGGAGAAUUGCACUUCCAUGGGAUUUAUUGCAGCCUGCUUUAAGAAUUUUAGGGCAUUGUUUAUUGGGUCCUCAGAAAGAUAAAGAAUUGUUUGAAGCAGCUUGUGGAGCAAUAAGAAGUUUAUAUGCAAGAUCUUUGCAUGAUAUAAAUCCUAAGGCAAUUUUGGCUACUGGAAGUCUUCUUAGGCUAAGUAAAAUGGCUAUGAAUCCUGAGAAUGAAAUUGAUUAUACUGAGAUCACAAUGACUGAUGUUAUUACUCUCUAAUAUUUUUUCACUACUAUUCUUUUUUCUUUUUUUUUUUUUUUAUGUUUGAUCUUCUAUAACAUUGUAAUUUUGUUAUCUAAGUAGUUGUUGGAAUUCUGAAAUUCGAUAUUUCUACUUUUUCCAAUUAAAUUCGCAUACUUAAAUUCUCUGACCUAACACUCUUAUUAGCCGCUAGCCGUAGCUGUUUAACUUAAAAGGAAUUGAGUAUGUAACUUAACAAAAAUUAGAUUAUCAAAUAAACC